UCAUGGCAUCACCUCUAUAACUUCAUGAUCUUCUUCGAGAACAAAGGACAAUCAACAAUAACACUUUGUUCCUCAAGUUCCUAGGGUCUCAGGCUGUGUUCUUGAGCUUGGGAGAGUAGGGGUCCAAGGCCAAAGUCACCCAGCCUUUGCCUGGAGACUAGAUGAAAUAGGUGACUGUAGUUAGGAAAGGAAAACACCAAGGACAUUUGAAGGAGGCAGCUGGGGUUGGCUAUUCCCACUGUCCUUUGUCCUAAAAUCAGGGCACACCCAGGCUGACUCUGGGGAGUGGGAGAUGCGUGGAAAUGAACCCUAAGCAAAUCCCUUUCCCUUUUGGGGCCUCAGUUUCCUCAACAGUAAAUGCAGAAAGUUGGCUGGCUCCUCAGGGUCUGUUCGCUUCUUUAGCUUGCCUGAAACCCCUUAAGACACACUGGGUCCUGAAGAACACAGAACACAGGAGGCCCAGAGGCUGUGAGUUUGCUUCUGCUCCCCAGGGAAGAGACUUCAUGGUCUGAGAGGCUGCCCUAGACUGGUCUGCUUGGCAAAGCACCAGACAGGCAGCCCUACCUCCCUCUGAACCCCAGCAGAACUAAGAGCAAUGAUGGGGGAAAGGUGGCAGGAAGUGGGAGGGGAUGGCAGAGAAGCCAAUUAAGCCCAGUGAGCAGUGAGAUGCCGGUCCCUGGAGUUAAGCAGAAGAUGGAUGUUACCAAGGGCUUCUGUUCAGGCAUUGGUUAGACAGGCAGGCUUCUCUGAGGCAUGACCUACCCUCUCUUCCAGCUCAGCAAUUCUGGGACAGCAGGAUCUCAGGCAAGACUGGAUAGAUGGCAGGGGAGUAGGAGAAAGGAGGAAGGAGGAAAGGAGAGUGGAAGCCGACAGGUCUGCUAAUGUACUGUAGCCCCAUCACCUAGCGACAAUGGACACAACACCUAGGCUGGGUUGGGCCAGUGCUCUCAUUUCCACGGCUAAUGUUGACCAGCUAGCAGGGACCGACCUGGCAUGACACAGAAGCAGGAGAAACUGAGGCACCGAGAGGGGAUUCACGCAGGGUCACACAGGCACACCAUCGUCCUGCAAGGCCACAUCCGCACUAGCCCCAGACUCAGAGAAGAGGCGGGGCCGGGGGCCACCGUGCACGACUCCGGGUCUCGUCGGCAGCCGCCGCUCGCCCUGGCCGGGAAAACACUCGCCGAGGCGGCCAGGCCCGAGGAGGAGGAGGAGGAGGCGGCGGACCCGGCGCGCCUGCGCGGUAGCGGAGACGAACGAGGGACGGUGCGCCUGCGUAAUGUGGCGGAGCCGCCUCGCGGAGCCAUUGUGUCGGGAUCCCGCCGGGGCUCCCUGCUCGGGACUGUUCUGACCCCAUCGCGCCGCCCUUCGCUGGCUGCCGCCCUCGGGCCCGGACCUCGGCGUUCCUCGUUGGGCCUAGCACUUUCCUCGCUCCCGGGACACCGUCCUCGGCGGGCCCCUGCGCCGACCUCGGGGGCGUGGUUGGGCCCCGGCCCUGCCCCCGGCGCGCGCUGGGAGGCCGGGCACGCGCAGCGCGCCUUGGAGGCAGUGCUGAGCAGGGCGCUGGAAGGAGCGCGCUACUCGGCGGGCGGGGCCGGGGCGCUGGCGCGCAGCCUCUGCGAGCUGGUGCGCAUGCGCGUCCGUGAGCUGUUACCGCCGCGUUACAAGCUGGUGUGUACCGUGGUGGUCGGGCAGCGCUCGGGGCAGGGCAUACGCGUGGCGAGCCGAGCGCUCUGGGACGCCGCCAGCGAUGGGCACGCGUCCGCGUCUGUGUGCGCAGGCGCGCUCUUCGCCGUGGCAGUGGUGCACGGCGUCUACUGUGAGUGACUGGCGCAGGGCGAGCCCA